AUGAAAACUUUCUAUGGUGUUCUUCUCGCCCUCGUAGCCGUAGCUUCCGCGAACGAUCCCGCCUGCCCAUCCAACUGGUGGACCAGCCAAUCUGGAGCUUCCCUCCUCUGCGGCUGCUGUGCGAACGGAUCCCCAUGCGACAUCAAAACCGGUCAAUGCCCAGGCGGAUGCGCUCCUGGCUACUCUGGACCUGACUGCACUGAGCCUACUUGCAACGAUGUUUCUUGUGGCGAGGGAGUUGGUCAUUGUUACAAGCCAAACGAGUGCGUGUGCGCCAAGAACUACGCCCAAAGCGACGACGGUGGCUGCCACUCGAUGAGAACUGCCGGCCUCAAGGGUGCCUUUGCCUCGCUCCUCAUCAUCAUUACUGCGAUCACCAUCUGCGGCACCAUUCAGCACCAGCGAAUGAAGGGCCGAACCCCCGAAUAA